CGGAAGUUUUGUGUGUGUGUUUUUAAAAGUGUUUUAAAUUUUUCAAACUGAAAUGGAGUUCAUCAGUGUGGUGGUGUUUCUGAGUGUGUGGUGUUUCACUGUGCCAGCCUCAACACAAAACAGUUGUGGGCGGCGACCACUUGUAGGACCCCCUGGCAUGUCCCGCAUAGUGGGUGGUCGAGAGGCUCUAGAGGGGGCAUGGCCUUGGCAGGUCAGCAUCCAGAUAAAUUCAAAGCACCACUGCGGCGGAACAAUCCUCGACCCCCACUGGGUUCUCACAGCCUCACAUUGCUUCCACAAAUACCUACAGAUCGUCAGAAGUUAUGUUCGCGUGGUGGCAGGACUUCACAUGUGGUCAGAUCCAGGAGCUCAUUCUCAGAUCCGCUCCAUCAGUGAGAUGAAAGUGCACGAGGACUACGACGACUUCACAUCUGACAGCGAUAUAAUGCUGCUUCGUCUCAGCUCUCCUUUCAAAUUUACCGACCACGUCCAGCCCGCCUGCACUCCUUACAGUGUGACCCAUGAGGUCAUCCUCAACUUCACCCACUGCUUCAUCACUGGAUGGGGGAGCUCCUCUUACAAAGGCAGAUUGAUGAGUAAUUUGCAGGAAGCUGAGGUGGAGCUGAUUGACCAAAGAAGGUGUAACCAGCUCUCCUGGUAUGGUGGCUUCAUCACUGAGAACAUGCUCUGCGCGGGACUGGAAAGUGGAGCGGCUGAUUCCUGCCAGGGUGACAGCGGAGGAGCCCUGCAGUGCUACAGUGAGAGUGAUGACAGGUUUUAUGUGGUGGGAGUGACAAGUUUUGGAGAGGAGUGUGGACUUCCUCGCAGACCUGGUGUGUACUCGCGAAUCAGCCGGUUUGCGGACUGGCUGAAGGCGGUUCAGACAGCAGCAGCUGCGACUGCACACAGACCGAGUAUAGCGCUGAUCUCACCUCUGCUGAGCACAGCUCUGACGCUGCUCGGAAACAUCCAAUCAGGAAUAAACGACUGAAGCCCAGAUAGAGCCAAA